AUGAAAAACGAUGAGAAAGGAACCGAUUGGGAGAAGGAAAAGCUGGACCCUAAUGGAUGGGUCCGGGCUAGCCUCAGCCAGCAGCAGCUGAAUGUGGUCCGGAGAGUGUACCAACAGGAGACCCUCAACAAGGAUGCUGACUAUAAACUGCCUGAGAAAACACUGGGUGAGCGAGUGAAGAAGGUGGUAAGAAACUGUGGCUUCGGGGACUGCCUCUUAAAUUCCAUACCUAUAGUAAAAUGGCUGCCCAAGUACAGCUGCCAGAACUUCAUGCUGGGCGACAUGAUCGCCGGCGCCACCACGGCCGUCAUGCACAUACCACAGGGCAUGGCCUAUGCACUCCUGGCUGAAGUGCCUCCCAUCGUGGGUCUGUACAUGGCUUUCUUCCCUGUCUUAAUCUAUGUGAUGCUGGGCACCUCACCCCAUGUGUCCAUGGGUACCUUCGCUGUAGCCUGUCUUAUGGCUGGAAAGGUGGUAACACAAUAUUCGACCCCAGAAGCAGUGAUUGCGAAUUCAACGAACUCCAGUAUGAAAGUAAUGGGUUUAGGAGCGGAUGAAGAUAUGAUGUAUAGUCCACUCGAGGUCGUGAGCGUCGUUUGUCUAUUGGUGGGGAUAUUCCAGGUACUUAUGUGGAUGCUCCGUCUCGGCGCAGUAUCUACACUGCUAUCAGAACCCUUGGUCUCAGGGUUCACGACGGCAGCCUCCUUCCACGUACUGGCCUCACAACUAAAGGACCUCUUUGGAGUAAAACUCGUCAAACUACCUCCUAAUUAUAAAGUUAUAGCUACGUUUAUAGAAGUAUGUAAGAAUCUCCCGAACCUGAACUGGGCGGCGUUUGUGAUAUCUUUCAUCACUUGUCUCAUCAUCGCACUUAACAAUGAAAGACUGAAGCCCUGGGUAAGCAAAAGAUCCCGUGUGCCAGUUCCUAUAGAGUUGUUGGCCAUUGUGAUCGGUACACUAGCCUCAAGGUUCGGACAUCUUCAUGAGACAUACGGCAUCAGUCUCGUUGGAAACAUACCUACUGGCCUGCCCACUCCAACAGUGCCCCCCCUAGAACUCAUGCCGGACAUUGCCAUCGACUGCUUUACAAUCACCAUGGUUACCUACACCAUUUCCAUGUCGAUGGCUCUCAUCUUCGCCUCCAAGGACAAAUAUGAAGUUGAUGCUAACCAAGAAUUAUUGGCGCUGGGUGCCAGCAACAUGUUUGCCUCCUUCUUCUGUUGUUCACCAUUCUGCGCUAGUCUGUCAAGAUCCUACAUUCAAUAUCAGGCCGGUGGUAAAACAGGUAUAACCUCAAUAGUGAGUGCUACGCUGAUCCUGUUCGUGUUGCUAUGGAUCGGUCCAUUCUUCGAGCAGUUGCCGCGCUGUGUGCUCGCCUCCAUCAUCGUCGUCUCACUCAAGGGCAUGUUCAUGCAGAUAUUUGAGCUUAAGAAGUUCUGGAUUUUAAGUAAGCUGGACGCUGUGGUGUGGUUAGUGACAUUCCUGGUCACCUUGUGUAUCAACAUCGACAUUGGUCUGGGAGCAGGUCUCCUCGCCAGUUUGGGAGCUCUAUUCAUACGUUCGCAGAACCCAUACACCUGUCUUCUAGGAAAAGUGUUGGACACAGACUUGUACCUUGAUAUCAAGAGAUACAGAGCGGCGGAAGAACUCCCCGGCAUCAAAAUCUUCCACUACUGCGGUGGAUUAAACUUCGCAACAAAGAAUUUGUUCCAAAAGAAGCUGUUCCUCAAGAUUGGCUACAUGAAGCCCGCGGAGGUAGCUCACGAUGAGGACAACAACCUCACCAAGAGCGAGUCUUACGAGUGGGAUCCUAAUCUUAGUAAUAGGGUGCAAUGUGUGAUAAUAGAUGUAACGGCUUUGUCUUACGUGGACGGACCUGGCAUCAAGAGUCUGGUGGCAGCGCAAAAAGAAUUGGUUACCAACAACAUCACUGUUCUACUCGCAGGAGCUAACGGUCCAGUAUUAGAAAUGAUAGACAGGUACAACUCAAUAGAAACUGACAUACUACAGAUGGAGACGUUCCCAACAGUGCAUGACGCAGUGUUAUUCUACAAAUAUCUAGAAUCUAAGAAACAAGUCACCGUCACCGUAACCACGCAAUCGAGCUGGCGGGUCACCUAA